AUGAAGAAAUAGAUAGCAAAAUGUAAACAACGCUUAACAUAUUUAAAAUCAACAGUAUGCCAUAAUAUAAAUUUUAAGUAAUGAGAACGACUGAAAAAAAAUUAUUUACAAUCUAUCAAAUGUUUGAUACAAAAUCAAAUAUAUUUCAUAUUAGGUGAUAUGGAUCUAAGUAUAAAAGAUAUAUUUAUAGGGGAAAUAGUAUCUGUUCAAAAUUAUGGGGCAUUCAUUAGAAUACCAGGAAAUAAACAGCAAGGCUUGGUACAUCGUAGUCAAAUAUCUCGAGCUCCUGUUGAUGAUGCCACUGAAGUAUUGUCUAAAGGAGAUAAAGUAUGGGCUAAAGUUAUUGCUAUGGAUGAUGGAAAAAUUUCCUUAUCAAUGAAAUUAGUUGAUCAAGGUAGUGGACGCGAUUUAGACCCAAAUGGAGUUCAAAUGUUCCAAGAUGAGCAGAGAAGAAAAAUUCAGCCAAAUUCCAAAGGCAAACGAACUAUACAUUUAGAUGCUAUUUAUAAUACAAAAUGUGUAAAAUGUGGAACUGGUGGCCAUUUAGCAAAAGAUUGUUUUAAAAAUUCAUCUGGAAAAAUGUAUGAUCUUUUGCCUGAAGAAGAUGAAACUGAUAAUUUACAAAUUGCUCCUAUACCUCUUUCAAAUGUUGAAUUAGUUAAAAAAGAAACUGUGAAAAAAAAGAAAAAGAAAAAGAAAUCUAGUGCAUUAAAAAAGAAAAAAAAGAGGAAAAGACAUUCAUCUACUUCGUCUUCAAAUAGUUCAAAUUCAGAUGGUAGCAUUAAACAAAAGUCAAAGAAGUAUAAAAAAAAGAAA